AUGAACUCUCCAACAUUCUUCAUGACGUUAUUUAUUAUUGCUAAUUUAUUCAUCAAUGGAUGCCAUGGAGGUUUAUUAGGAUUUUUUGCUGGAACAGUAGUUUGCCAGGCAUCUUGUUAUGCUGGUUAUUUAGCAUGUAUGGGUGUUGCCACUGGAACUACUGGAGUAUUGCUACCUGCUGUACCGGCCAUUGUGGCAGCUUGUACUGCAGGUGAAACAGCAUGCUUGGCUGCUUGCACAACUGCAUUCACCGUUGGCACUGGUCCUAUCUAA